GUUCCAGGACAGCCUCCAAAGCCACAGAGAAACCCUGCCUCGAAAAACAAACAAACCGGUAAUAUGGUAUGAAAACGCGACGGGUAAAGCAAGCCUGUCCUGCCAGCUCGGGAAAGGCUAAGUCAGGGCUACUUAAUGUGAGGGCCAGCACAGGUUACACAGGGAGUUCCACCUGGAACUCAAAAAUUGGCCCAACGCAGGCGCUCCCGAGUAGGGACGCCAAAAGCGUUCGGCCAGCUGGGCCAGAGGCGCAGAGGGCGGAAGGAACGCGCGCGCCGCCAGCCGUUUCGUUAUGUAACCGGCCACAGUCGGGAGAGCCGGCGCUGCACGUCCGGCCGGCUCUCCGGAAAUCACGCCCCCUUCCCUUUUACGGGAAGUCCUCGCUUGCGUCAGAGCGGCCCCAAGGCGGCGGCCGGUUACAGCCUGCCCCACUCCCGACUUCCGCCUGCCUCGAGUCCGGAGUCGCGGCCUUCCCAGCGCUCGUCCCCCCCAGCCUGCGGCGUCCGACCAUGUUUGGCCUGCGGAGAAACGCGGUGAUCGGCCUGAACCUGUACUGCGGCGGCGCCAGCCUGGGCGCGGGCGGCGGCUCUCCGGCCGGGGCGCGCCUCACGGCCGAGGAGGCCAAGGCGCGGCGCGAGGGGGGAGGGGAGGCCGGCCUGCUGCCCGGCGCGCGGGUGGUCGUGCGGCCGCCUCCCGUGGGCGCGGAGGACCCCGACGUCACCGCGUCGGCAGAGAGGCGGCUGCUCCGGUCGCCCGGCCUCCUCGCCGUGCCGCCCGAGGAGAUGGCCGCGCCGGCCGCCGCCAUCAUAUCUCCCGAGGACGAGCUGGACGGCUACGAGCCGGAGGCGCUCGGCAAGCGGCCGGCCGCGCUGCCCCUGCUGGAGCGCGUGAGCGAGGCGGCGAAGAGCACGGGCGCCGACGGCUCGCUGCCCUCCACGCCGCCGCCGGCCGAGGAGGAGGACGACGAGCUGUACCGCCAGUCGCUCGAGAUCAUCUCGCGCUACCUGCGCGAGCAGGCGGCCGGCGUCAAGGACGCGAAGCCGCUGGGCGAGGCGGGCCCGGCGGGCCGGAGGGCGCUGGAGACCCUGCGGCGCGUGGGCGACGGGGUGCAGCGCAACCACGAGACGGCCUUCCAGGGAUGGGUUUGUGGAGUUCUUCCACGUACAGGACCUAGAAGGCGGCAUCAGAAAUGUGCUGCUGGCUUUUGCGGGUGUGGCUGGAGUAGGGGCUGGCCUGGCAUAUCUAAUAAGAUAGCCUUAUGAGUGCAGUAGGGGACUCUUAACUCCAGCCACCAAACCACCUGCUUCUGUGAAAACAAAUGUAUUUAUGAAGUUGGACUUGAAGCUGCCCGGGCUUUAACAAUCCAGGAGUUCUACUCUAGCAACAUAGCCAGAAAGCAAGCAAGUGGCUACAGGAUUGUGGCUAACAAGAAUAAAUACAUGGGGAAGUGCUCCCUCUUGAAGAGUUACUAUCUGAAAGAAGCCAAGUUUUCACUCAGCAAACUUUGGGAGGCCAUGGAGGAGGACUUGUAGAUUGAAUGAAUGGAAGUGGGUAGGUGAACAGACUUGAUUUCGUUGUCUAGAAGAGUGGCCAGUCCUCAGGCUAGUCAUAGAACUCACUAAAUGUGCAGUCCGUCACUCCACUCCUGUAGUGUUGAAAGAGAAGCACUAACAAUGGCGGUGAUCUGUGUAAGUUGGAUUUAAGCUGCAAGUAACCAGACCAUGACUAGGAAGCCGCAGUACUGUACAAGAAUGUGAAAGGCUCUCUGAGCUUUCCCAGGAGUACUUCUUGACGAAGUCCAAGUGCUCAGGACGUAGUCCUGUCUACUUGGGCUUGGUUUUGAUGAUAAUCUUAAGUUUAUUAGCCUAGUAAUGGCCAAAAGUACUUGACUUAAGGUUCACUAAUUAGUUACAAAACUGAAAAGCCUCAAUUUUUAAGGAAAACAGCAUAUAAAUUGUAUUUGUCUGUAAAAAUUGUAUAUAUUUUUACAGAAAGUCUAUUUCUUUGAAUAGAAAAGGAGGGAUGACUCAGAUUUAAUUUUUCCAUACCCUUUUGAAACUUGCAACUUCUCUAGUUAGAAAUCUAUUUCUUACAGCUUUUUAAAACGUUGUCAUGAUCAGCUCUAGAGUAUAUACAGAACCAGUUGUGUGUGUGGACUGGUUAUAGUGGAACAAAUGGGAUUCAUAACUAUGCAGGCUUAAUUUUCCAGUCUGAUUUUGUAUGUAAGGAUCACAGGUAGAUGUGAGGCAUAUGGCCCCCUGUUGACUUUAAAUUGUAAAGUGGUUUGGUAUCACAGGCUAGACUCAUAACCAUGGUGCUAUUCACAAGGUUUACUUGUUUGACACAAGUUUAAGCCUGGUGGUGUCAAUAAAACAAAUAUGUAUUUCUUUUCUACUAAUGAUUGCCAAGCUUUGUUUUGAAUUUCUGUAUUAGUCUCUAAAUGUCCCACCUGUUGUAUUAACCUUUACUUCCUCUCCUUUCUUUACAUACUGGCUUGUUAAGAUCUUCUGGUCCCUCUACAAAUAUAAUCGAAGUCUACAUUUCCUCCCUGGAACCCUCACCCUCCAACUAAGAACCUAAGUGAUCUCCCUCCCAUCCUAUCAGAGUCAGCAGAACUUUGUCUCCUUAGAGGGCAGUGAAGUGACACUUCCUCUUUGAGCCCUAUGACCAACAGUAACGGGUAUGGGGGUGAAACUCCCUUUUCCACUGUUUAUCCUAUUGAUCAAAAGUCCCCUUGGGAAUUUGAGAAGUUGGAGUGAGCUGCAUCAUACAUAAGUUUCUAUACAGUUUGCUCCUAGUAUGGAUAUGCUCACUUAAAUUUUUAAAAAGGUGUGUUUUGUUGAGCCUCAGUUCUAUAAUAGCCACUGGUAAACUGAGGAGUUUGUUUGAGCUACGGUCAUUUUGAAAGCUUGCCUCAGAAUGUGACCUUUCGUCAGGACUACAGAUAAAAAUAGUCCUGAAUCAGAUGACUAAGAAUGUAAGGGGGAAGACAUGCCCGGCCUGCCCAUCUCAGCCACAGGUCGUCUUGCUGGAGCUAUUUGUACCUAGAUUUAUCCUUGGUUAUAAAUUGCUUAUUUAUGUUUAUCUCUUGACUUAUAAGCACUUUAUGUAGUUUAAUUAACCCUACAGGUUAAGGUGACUAAAAGGCUAGUGUCCCAUAUUCAGUUGUGUGAGUUUGUGUUUAUACAGACAGGUAUUUUAGUUCCAGGGCCAUGAAGGCUUGCAGAGCCCAAGUGGGUGAGAAAAGGGGUUUUUAUUUAGAGAUGAGGCACGUGAUCUGAGUACUCACUAGCAGAAUAGUUGAGACAUCCUCUGAAGCGAAGAGGGAGGGGCAGUUUGGAGAUGGCUCUCAGCAAAUUCUGUUUGUCUUACACUUCUCUCAGGGAAUAACACCAUACAGUCUUCAAGCAUCCAUGUACAUUCUACCUGGGGUGGUGAAUACCUUCAUUCUGGUAGAACCAGCAUUUUUAACAUCUGUUCCCGAAAGGGUUAGGACCAACUGCAAGUUAAUGUGGGUUGUAAAAAAAAAAAUGUGUUUCCCUAACUUCUGUUUCUUCUCCUAAGGAAAAAAAAUAAAACCUUUUUUUUUUUCUCCAAA